AUGGAUACACACUUCUUCGCAGGUCUGACCAAAUUCAAGCUCGACGCGGGGAAGCAUCGACGUGACGACGAUUUUGCCGAUCGGUUUAGCCACAACUUCACCACCCUCCUGCUGGUUAUUUUCACAUUGGUGGUGUCCGCGAGGCAGUACAUCGGCAAGCCCAUAGCAUGUUGGGUGCCCACUGAGUUCACACGGGCGCAGGAGGAGUACGCGGAGUCGGUGUGUUGGGUGACGAGCACCUACUUCCUCCCCACCAAACAGAAAACCGUACCAGAGUCGACACAGGAGCGUGAAGAGCGAAAAAUCCUCUACUACCAGUGGGUACCAUUCGUUCUCAUGAUCCAGGCCUUCCUCUUCAAUCUGCCCUGCAUCAUCUGGCGGCUUUUUAAUUGGCAAUCGGGAAUCCACGUAAAGACCUUAUUUUAUAGAUCACCUUGA